AUGAGAAAAUCUUUGAGGAUUGGAGUUAGGGAAAGAAAUAAAGAAGCGAGAUUAUUUAAAGGAUAUACUCUAGAGGAGCAGUUUAGGGCAGCUGAAGAUUGGGGAGAGAAAUCAGCUAUUAGGGAACUGUUAAGCAUAUCUAAGGACAAUAUGAGUGAUUUUGAUGAUAUUGAGGAUGCGACGGAGGUCAGACCCAUAGUUCAGGGUAAUGAGAUGACUAGGGGGAGGAACAUGACCAAUGCAGAUAUUCAAGCACUUGCAGAAGCUCUAGCCGGAAUGAUUAGUAAGGGAAUGAUAAAAAUUCCAAUGGAGCCUAGAGAUCAAGUGGAGAAUAGAGAUGAUCAUAUAUCUAGAAACCAAGAUAGGAGUAGCAGUGAAAAUAAUAAAAAUUGUAUUGAAGACAGUAACGUAACUGUAGAGGAAAGCACCUUUGAAAGACGAUAUGAGAACACGAAUAUUCGUAUGGGGGAUGUUAUUAGGAAACCUGAAAAUUUUAAAAGGAAUAUGACAUUUGAGUCAUGGUAUCUUAAGUUCGAGAAUUAUUGCGAAAUGAUGAAUAUACACGGUAUCAACAAAUUAAGAAGUUUGAUAAUGUAUCUGGAUGAUAAUAUAAUAAAAGAAGUCAAAUCAGUUGGAAUAUUGGAUAGUUAUGUUGAAUUAUGUGAUUAUUUGGUUGAUAAUUAUUCUGGUAGGAUAUCAGAAGAAGCGGCAUCUUAUGAAUUAGAAUUACUUUUGUCUCGACGUGUUACAAGAUUAACAGAUUUGGAUGAAGUAUGCGGAAGGAUUGAAUUCCUCGUAGAAGCGAAAUAUCCAUAUGAUGGAAGAGAUAGAAAAUUGAGGGAAAUGGUUGCGGCAAUCACAAGAAUAUUACCGGCUGAAUGUAAAUCUAAGUUUGGCUGUGGACAAAAAUAUAAUAGCUUAGAUGAGGCGGUAAUAAACGCCAAAAGAAUAUGGGAAUAUGAAUCUCAAGCAAGGAAAUUACAUGAGAAAGGUUAUGGCAUUAAUAGUAAUGAUAAUGGUAGAAAACGUAUUGGCAAGAUGAAUCAUAAACCUAUUUCUACAAAUGAUGGGAAAAUAAUUAGAUGUUUUUUAUGUAAUUCAGUCGGUCACAAGAAAUAUCAAUGUCCAGAUAAAGAGAAGGGGCAAACUAAUGUUAUAGGAAAUAAUCAAUGUAAUCAUGUACAGGAAGAUACAAUAUGUAAAGUAGAACAUAAAAAAGAUUCAGAAGUAAAUAUUAAAGAUUUAGAAGUUAACCACAACUUGAUAGCAAUGGAGGUCAGUGUUAAUGAUCUUAAGGUUAAGGGGCUACUAGAUACGGGAAGUAAUUGCGUAAUUAUGAAUCCAUUAUUAGGAAAACGCCUAAAAUUAAAAACUAAAAGAACAAGUAAAGUCGCUAGUUUUCAAGAAUCAUAUAAAGUUAAAGAAAUAGAGGGGGGAGUUAGGAUUAGAUUGUUAGGUUCAGAACAUCAUAUCGAACCAAUAUAUGUUGCUGAAAGAGAUUUUCCUAGUAAGAACUAUGAAAUAAUAUUAGGAAUGAGUAUUCUUAAGAAAAUUAAUGGAAGUCUAGAUUUUAAAACGGGCAAGGUAAUUGAAGUUGAGGUUGAAGAUAAAUAUGAAGAUCCGUAUGAAAAGACAAUGGAAUGUAAUAUUAUUAUGGAAGACAUGGAGAGAUCUGUUGAUAUAAAGAAGUUUAUAGAAGAUAUCAAAGUUAAAUUUCCAGAUUGUAUCCAAAAGGACGAGAGUGAUCUUGGGCCAGGCAAACUAAUGAGCGGACCUAUAGAAACUUAUGAUAAAGAACCAUAUGUGUUCCCGAUAUAUACUGUGCCUUGGAACGAAAAACCAAUUGCAAAUGAGCUCAUAAGGAAAUUAUUAAAAGCAGGGGUACUGGAACCAACAGAUAGCCAAAGAUUACAUCCAAUUAUGGUGGUGAAGAAGGCAAUUCCAGGAAGGUAUAGACUAGUAGCAGAUAUGAGAGGAAGUAAUUCGAUAACAAAGAAAUUCAGAUAUAAUAUACCAAAUCAAAGAGAACUUUUUCAACAGAUAGGACCAUUUGAUUAUUGUUCCAAGUUGGAUUUAGUAGAUGCCUUCUAUCAAAUCUCAAUACCAGUGGAAAGUAGAAAGAAUAUGGCAAUACGGACAGAUCUGGGAGAAUUCCAAUUUACUAGAUUAGUACAAGGGGCGACAAAUAGUGCAGCGGAAUUGCAGAGAGUGUUAACUAAUUUAUUUAAAAGUUUAAGGAAUAAUGUGCAUAUAUUUGUAGAUGAUAUACUAAUUACAAGUAAAGGGGAUGUUCAAGAACAUAAAGAAAUAUUAAUGAAAGUUUUGAAAAUAUGUAACGAUUAUGAAUUGAAGGUUAAUUUAGAUAAAUCGAAAAUGUUUGGUAGGAGAUGUAUUUUCCUUGGGCAUAUACUAAGUAAAGAAGGAAUAAAGCCUUCUGAAAGUAAUUUAGAAAUUUUUGCAAAAAGACCCAUUCCAACCACCAAGAGACAAUUAGUUGGAACAUUACAAUCUGCAAAUUUUUAUCGUCAAUUUAUACCAAAUUUUGCGAAGAUAACUCAUAAUCUUUAUGAAGUAACAAAAAAACGAUCACGUAAUCUAAAAUUAGAAGGAAAGUUGGAAGAAGAUUACAAGAAUUUAUGUAAGGCAAUGGCGGAUACCUGUUUAUUACACCACGCAAAUAAAGAUGGGAGUUAUAUAUUAACAACGGAUGCUUCUGAUUAUUGUAUAGGAGCAUGUUUAAGUCAAAUUCAAGAAGGAAAGGAAUAUCCUAUAAGUUAUUAUUCCCAGAAAUUGAAAAAAACAGUUAGAGGAAGAAGUACCACAUAUCUUGAGUUAUUAUCAAUAGUGAAGGCGUUAAGAUUUUAUAAAUUUAUCCUUACAGGUUCGGAAAUACUUAUAAGGACGGAUCAUCGUCCAUUAUUAUUUCUGGGGAAAAAUACAACAAAUAAAAAAUAUUUAGAAUUAAUUUCAGAAAUAGAAUCUUAUAACGUUAAAUUAAAAUAUAUAAAUGGAAGUGGAAAUUGUGUGGCGGAUGAUCUAUCUCGAAAUACAAAACAGGCAAUUGAGGGACUUGAAGAAAUGAGGGAAGAAGAAAAUGAAUGUAUAUUUGCAGCAGAAAAAAGAAAACCGGGUCGUCCAAGAAAAAAUAUAAGAGAAGAAAAAGAUGUUGAAGAUAUUCCAAAAGAAGAAAAACGAAGAAGAGGUCGCCCACCAAAGAAAUCAAAAGCCCUUAGCAUAAUGGAACCAUUACCACUACCAAAGUUACAAAAAUUUGAAGUAUCAAAUUUUGAAAAAAUGGGGAAGGAAGACGAAAAAGAAACGUUUCGCUUAGCUCACGAUGAGCAAGGACAUUUUGGGUUCAAUAAAAUGAAGAGUUUAAUAGAAUCAAGAAACCCAAACAUAGAAAAUUUAGAUACGAAAAUAAAGUUAUAUUUAAAGCGCUGUGAUGUAUGUCAAAGGAGAAAUAUUGGAAUAAAAAGAAAAAUUGAAGGAACUAAAGUAAUUUAUGAAUCCCCGGGACAGAAUUUGAGCAUAGAUGUUAUGGGACCAAUAAGCCCUCCAGCAGCAGAUGGUUCAAGAUAUAUAUUAAGCGCGAUUGAUUCAUUUUCUCGGUAUUCAUAUAUAGUACCACUAAAAUCAUAUAAAUUUGAAGAAAUAAGCCAAGCAUUAAUGAACCAAAUAUUCUGUUACCAUGGUAUACCAAAAAGCAUAAAGACUGAUGGGGCAGGUAAUUUUAAAAGUGAGGAAUUCAAGAAGUUCCUUCUAUCAUUGAAGAUAGAACACCAAAUAUCAAGUCCACAUCAUUCACAAGGAAAUUGUUUAGCGGAGCGAACAUUUAGGUGGAUAUCGGCAACAAUAUCCAAGAUUUGCAGAGAGAAACCUAAUAUAUGGCCGCAGUAUUUGCCAAUGAUAGCAUUUUAUUAUAACUCAACCAAGAACGAUACUACAGGAUAUAGUCCAUAUAUGUUAACCCAUUUAAGGGAGCCAAAUACACUGUUAGAUCAAUUUUUAGAUACAUAUAGCACCGGUGUCUUUGAUUCAAGUAGAACUAUGUAUGAUUUGAUGGAAAGUGCAGCGUUAAUAAGAGAGUGUGCUAAAGAAUCAAUUGAAGCAACCAGGGACGAUGUAAAUUCAAAAGUAGGAAGUGAUUCAAUACCAAAAUAUGAAAAGGGAGAGUUAAUAUUAGUUAAGAUGGGAGAUACGGAAAAAGAUAUAGGAUCUAAAUUUAAGUUUAAAUAUCAAGGACCGUAUGAGGUCACAAAACAAGAAGGAGCAAGGAUAUUUUGUAGAAAGGAAAAAUGUGGAAGAGCUCAGAUAGUGCAUGUAUCUAAUGCUAAGCGUUAUUUUCCAGAGGAAGAUAAAUCUUAA